CAAAGAAGAACAAAACAAUUCUAUAUAUUUAGAAGAAGAAGAUUUUCUUCAUGCAUCCUUUGAGGACCAGUUUAACUCUCUGUUAUUGAGACAUGCUGAAGCGGGGGUCGUUUGACCUCCUGGAGACGAAAGCAAACAGCUGACAGAGUUUGAGACUCAGCUGACGACGGACUCGAAGCUUUCUGCCUCCGACUGUCCGACAGAGAACAUCAUCCAACAUGGAGAACAGCGACCACACAUUCAACCCCAGCCUGGCAGCAGCUCUCAUGAAGUUCGACCCAGAGGAUGGCGAGCAGAUCGUUGAGUAUUUUAAUACUCACGUCCUGCUGAGCAGAGAGAAAGCACUGUUGCAGGCGUCAGUCAGAGAUCAGAAGAAGCUGCUGGUGGAAAACGGCAAACUGAAGAACGACAUCCAACAGCUGAGAGUUCAACUUCAGGACAAACAGAGGAGACGCACAGCCAAGGCUUUGCUCGCCCCGGCUCCACCUCCUGUCGGGGCAUCAGCAGCUGUUCCAACUAACCCCCCUCCUUCCUCCUCACAUGAUCGGAGAGAUAGACAGAACAGGAGGAGGCGAGGAGAGAGGAAAGCUCGUCCAAACUCUGGCGCUCUCUCUUUGGAGGCGGAGCCUUGCAUAGAUCCGUCACGACUGGACCUGCGGGUUGGACGGAUUCUCAGCAUCCGUCGCCACCGGUUGGCUGAAACAAUGUCGGUCCAGGAAGUAGACGUGGGAGAAAGCACCCCCCGCACUGUCGUCAGCAAACUCGAAGAGACAACCGACUUCGAGGAGCUUCAGGGACGUCUAGCAGUGUUGCUAUGCAACGUCAAGGCCUGUCAACUAAGGGGCGUGGUCUCCCAGGCCCGCCUCCUCUGUUGCUACUCCUCAAAUGACUGCAGCGAGCUGCUGAUUCCUCCUGCGGGGUCCAACCCCGGAGACAGAGUCACCUUCCUAAACUACCCAGGUGAACCAGACAAAGAGCUGCAGGCCAAGCAGAGAGUUUGGGAGCUUCUCCAGCCCGACCUGCAGGUGGACAGCAGGGGUGUGGCCACCUUUAAAGGCUGCGGGUUUGAGGUGAAGGGGAAGGGUCUAUGCAGGGCCCCCUCCCUCACCAACUGCAUCAUUAGAUAGGUAAAGCCAAGACCUAAUGGACAUCGAAGGACUAUCAUUGUAAAAAUGCAAGCUUCU